CUUUAUCUAUAGCAAAUGUAUAAGUUUUGCAGUACCAAUGCCACGUACUUUGCAUUACGUGCAUGAUCAUCGCAAUACCAAUACAAAGUUUCAAUUACAACCAAACAACACUGCAUCACGCACAUAAUCAGGUGGUUUGGUACAAGUGUCAAUAAAAAUAAAGUUUCUUUGAUCUUUGAUGUCAUUUAAGAUAAAGAAUUCACGAUACCCACUAAUCCACUCUCUCUCAAUUUUUGUCAAGAGUAGAUCAACUAGUAUGAAUUCAAGUGGAAUAUUAAGGGGGUGUGGAUUCAGAGUUCACCUAGCUGUUAGCACCUUCCUUCAGAACUUGUCAAGAAAAAAUGGGCAAGAACGAUUGACUUUUAAUUGCCUACCUAGAGACUUCCAAAGAUGCUGCCAUUAGCACUGCGGUUUGCAAUGUCUUCGCUGUCUGUUUCAGUCACCUUCGGUUCAAAACCUGUAGCUUGGUUUUGGCAUGGACUCUCUCAUCCCUUUGAUCAAGGCUAAAAGACUAGUCAAUGCAUACGGAAUUGAGAUGAUGCCGGGAUGCCCAAGAUGCUAGCUGAGAUCAAAGAUGUGUAGAAAAGUUAGUCAGGCACAUGUACAUAUAGAGACAGAUGCUUCUUCAAACAGAUAUUGAGAAAUGAUAGGUCAUCAACCGAAACUGCUUGGAUUUUGGGCAAGACCUUUUGUCCUUAGGAUCCAGCGGGCACUAACAUUGAAAAGGGUUAGAUAUGAGUACGUUGAAGAGGAUCUCACAAACAAGAGUAGGACAGUGUUGCAGUAUAACUCUGUUCACAAAAAAGUUCCAGUCCUCAUCCAUGAUUGGAAACCAUUAGCAGAGUCGCUUGUUAUACUUGAAUACAUAGAAGAUACAUGGCAGUAAAAGCCUCUCCUCCCAGAAUAUCCUUAUGAGCCAGAAUAUCCUUAUGAAAGAGCCAAAGCACAAUUUUGGGCUAACUUUGCUGAUGACAAGAUAUGGAAAGCUGCAUCGACCAAUCUUGGCUACAUUUCACAAGGUAGGAGAGGAUAAAGAGAAAUCUGCAAAAGAAGCAAGAGAAAAUUUGAAGAUUCUGGAGAGUGGUCUACAGGGGAAAUGCUUCUUUGGAGGUGAAACAUUAGGUUUUGUUGACAUCGCCGCUGGUUGGAUUGCAUAUUGGGCUCGAAUGAUUGAGGAUAUUGUAGACGUAAUGCUAAUAGAUGAAGAGAACAUUUCUUUGCUGAAUGCAUGGUUUCAAGAUGUCCUUGAAGUUUAUAUUAUCAAAGAAUGUGUGCUACCAUCAGACAAAUUGCUAAUGCACAAUAAAGGUUUCCACAAAAUCCUGAUGGCUGCUUCAACAUGA